AUGGACGACAGUACUGAUGAUGGAGAUAAUUAUGAACAGAGCCUCGACUCUGAAGAGGAUGGUAUUGAAGACAAGCCGGCUCCAUCUUCAUCCAAGAAAGUCACCUUUGACAUCAGUGCAAAUGUUACCCGUAAAUUCAGAAACCCAGUUAUAUUUCCGCGUCGCUACGUCCCCGACCUGGACAGUCUGCCAAAGACAGGAGUUUGGGCUUCUGUUUCUCCAAGCAGACAUACUGGAUUUCAUCAGGUCGUUGUUCGUACAACAAAGUGCGAUUAUUGCGACGAAAAGGUUAGCGUUCUACCUGGAGAAGAGGGUAAAGUCAUGCAGAGAUGUAACUACUGCAACACUCAGUUCUGUCAGAACUGUGUGCGUAAAGUGGACGAAGACAAUCUACACUUUCCAGCCAGCGAUGACUUGGUAUGGAAUGCCCAAACUAAGGUUAAUGCCAAAACUCGGCCUGAUAAUAACUUCAAGGAGAACAUGUACACCAGAACAAAGCCGGAGCCAAAGCCAAUCAGACCCUUGACGGCCUCCGAGAGGCUGCAAGGCAUGAGAAACAUUGCACCUGGAACCUUCAACACCACUGUUGUUAAUAACCCAGUUCCUUCACGUCCAUCGCGCGCCCGACCAAUUAAGGCUGCCAAGAAGUCCCCGAAUACUCCUCACACAGAAGAAGGAGAGGCCGACCUGCACCACAAGGAAUAUAUGGAGUGGGUUUCGAAGCUUCCUCCUGCAGAGCAGCGUAAGGAGAAGAAGGAGGCUGAUAUGCGGAAUCUUCUCAGAAAGCGCACUCUUGAAGUUAUGGAGGAACCAGUCUCAUACAAUGCCGAGCCACCCCAAUCAGAAUGUCAAGUCCGAACUCCCCUGCCAGCUGCUGCUAAGCGUCGUAAGAUUGCACCUCUUCCAUUUGCCACUCCAGCCGCUACUCGACGACAAUUCAGUGGUACCCCCGAGUUCACCAGAAACCAGUAUGAGUCUAGCUCACAUCAGCAACCAAUUGUUGCCUCUACUGGUGCUCUGGGCAGUACUAUAACCAGCGAGCCUCUACGAAACAUCCUGGAUGGACUCGCUAAUGACUUCCCUGAUGACGAGCAAAUUCCCCAUGGUAUGAAUGAGAGAUCUGACUACAGCGAGGAACAUGUUGCCAAUUCAGCUCAUGGUGGAUACAAUCACCAAGAGUAUAUUCCGAUACAAAACGAUGUAUCCGAGGAGGGAAACUCCGAGGAUGGACAUUACGAAGAAGAGUAA